AGCCUCUCACGUGAUUUAAUCAUGUGACAUGGUGUUUGGAUCUGUGUCGGUGUAGAAUUGUGUUUUGGAACCAUAUUUUAAGGAUUGCUGUGUAUUCGUUUUUGACAAGUUAAUGAAACGGGCCCAUCCCGGGCACCACCGUAGAGUAUGAUGACACACGAAGAAAUGCGGCGCUAUAGUGGACACACGGGAUAGAGCUGGAAGCAGCUAGUUAAGACUGCAAACGGUGACCUUGUCAAGUGCUAGUUGACCUUGACGGCUGUCCGGUGUGUGUGCCAGGACAGGAGUGAUGAAUUUGGAGGCCGUCUGAAGUCGUGCGAUAGCCUCAUCAACCAUGGAUUCUGUUUUCGGUCGCCUCCGCUCCAACUCGAAGGUGAAGAGAAACCACCUGGCACCGUCAAAAGAGGACAUUCUGAACACUAUCGACCAGUUCGACAAGGUGAACGCGGAGGACUGCCUACCCGCAGCAAACGAAGACCUGCAGCGCUGUGAGGACAACAACAAUCUGAAGUCUCAGCUGAGUGAGGAGGUCGUGAGAGGUCGCUACGACAUGCUACUUGAUGAGUCGCCCAGCGCCAGCUUCUCCACGUCGUACAGCUCCGAGUGGGAGAGGCUGUUUGUGACACCUAAUUACAAGACGAAGCUCAAGGAUCAUGGGAUUGCAGGGCGGCUACGCAGCAGUCGAUUCCGCAGUGUGGUUUGGAAGAUUUACUUGGAAGUGCUGCCGGAAGACCUUGACCUCUGGGUGGCCAGUUGCCAUGAGUGGCGCAGCAAGUAUGAAGAGCUCAAAAAUCAGCUGAUAGUGAACCCGCGGAAAGCCGUCGAUCAAGUUGACUUGUCAUUGAACAACCCGCUAUCGCAGGAUGAUGAGAGCCCUUGGAACAAAUUCUUUCAGGACAAUGAGCUCAGACUAACCAUCAAACAAGAUGUCAUUCGGACUUUUCCCGAACUUGAGUUUUUCAAGUCGUCCCAGUUACAGGACAUGAUGCUCGAUGCCUUGUUUUGCUUUUGUCGCACUCACUCCGUUCUCUCAUACAAGCAGGGAAUGCACGAGCUGCUAGCUCCUCUCAUCUUCAUCCUGCACUGUGACCAUCAAGCCUUUCUGCACGCCUCGGAAGUCGACACGCUACAACCCAUUUCUCCGAACCACAGAGAUAUUGUCAAGGUCAUCAUGGAUCCAAAAUAUCUCGAGUCGGAUGCGUAUGCCAUGUUCUGUAAAGUGAUGGAAACAGUCGAACCGUGGUAUCUGUCCAAGGAUCUCGAGAACCCGAGGCCUACAGACAAGGUGACCUCUCAGCCGUUCUCGCGACCCCAGGACUUGAAUCCCUCCAAUGUGAUAGUUGCCAAGCUGACCCGUAUCCAGGACUACAUUCUCAAAAAGUUUGACCCUGAGCUGCACCAGCACCUAGAGAGACUGGACAUAGCUCCACAGGUGUACGGAAUCCGCUGGGUACGACUGCUGUUUGGUCGGGAGUUUCCCAUGCAGGAUCUUCUCGCAAUGUGGGACGCCAUAUUUGCCGACGGAAUUGGAUUCGACCUCGUUGACUACAUCUUUGUGGCCAUGCUGCUGUAUAUCCGUGACGUCCUACUCGCCAGUGACUACGUGGCCUGUCUGGGAUGCCUGAUGAAGUUCCCCCCGGUGGGCGACGUCCAUUACUUCAUAGAGAAAGCGCUGUACUUGAGAGAACCUAAUCAAUAUCCCAGACCCCCUAAGUACACCUUUAAGACGGUGAACCAGCCUGGAGCGAACCGAUCCCAGCACAACAAAGCGAGCCUUACUAACAAACGACAUAACACGGGGCUUGGCGGCUUCUCCUCUUUUUCACGGAAAUUUAACCGACCCAAAACACUCGCUGUUUCGAGCAAAAAAAUCUCCAAGUCAUCAAGUGAACCCAUGAAUCUGCAGACCGACAUUUCACCAGCUAGUCCUGCGGUCCCCGAAGGAAAGCGAGGCUCCACGGCCAGCUUGUCUCAGUUGGAAGACUCCAUGUUCAGAACCCACCACAGCUCAUCGUCAAGUCUCGCGCGACUCGACCCAGGUCACAGGUCGUCUCAGUCGACGCCCGCUGGACACAGCCCAUCAGGUUUGUCUGCCGACGAGGGUGCGAUGCCCGGCUUUCCACAUGACAGUCCUUCCAAGUAUGCCACCCUGCCUAGUCGGACCAGACUCAAGAACAAAAAAAUAUCAAAGACUGAUGCCGAAGUCCAACAACAGAUGUCCCAUCUACAAGGACAGCUCAACGACAAGUCAACCAUGUGUAGAUACUGUGCCAGCAAGCUCGACAUUCACAUAAAUCGUUUACAGAGCGAGUUGAUGAAACUCAACCUAGACGCGGAUGACGAGAUCAUGCUGUCGUUAGCUGGCAUCAAACAGGUGAGGGAUGUUUUGAACGGAACUCUGCGGUUCUCGCAGAACCUCCUUGACGAGGACGAGAUCGCAAUCAGUGACAAUUUCUACAAGGAGGAGGAGCGAGUCACGAGCGAGAGAGUGGAGAAUGAGAGUGCGCCCAACUCAGCCGUCGCCCGCACACUGCUACUGGACCCAGCAGUCGUCACGUGCAGUGGAGGAAAACGCAAACACAACAACCUGUUCUACAUGGGCAGCGACGAGACGUCGGAAACCGUGGACUUGGUCGAACCCAUUAACGGAGCGGCAGCGCUGUCACAGAGCAGAGAGUGGCCACUCGAGCUGAAUGACUACGCCAGAAAGAGGCAUUCCAGCGGACCUAGGGGAGACCACUCUGGUGUAUCGAGGGGAGACUACUCCAACGGGCCUCAACAGAUGUCUGACUCGGUGCUAUCCGACUCGCUCAGUGUCAGCAGCGUCAACGCUCAGACUAGUAGCACGUCCACAGACUCAUUCGAAGUCAGUCCAAAUCCUCUGUAUAGUUUGACCAUGGACACAGAUGCUGUUUAGUGAUGGCCAGUUUCACCAUGGACACAGAUGCUGUUUAGUGAUGGCCAGUUUCACCAUGGACACAGACGCUGUUUAGUGAUGGCCAGUUUUACCAUGGACACAGACGCUGUUUAGUGAUGGCUAGUUUCACUGUGGACACAAACGCUGUUUAGUGAUGUACAGGUUUGCCAUGGACACAAAAUGAUGUUUAGUGAUGGCCACUUUCACCGUCGAAACCAAUGCAGUGCUCAUAAUAAUUUGAUGUUAAACAUUGUUCACUGCCCGAACCAACGUUGGAUAUUGUUACCGUCAUAGUGACAUACACAGCUACCUACCUUAGUGCCAUCGGUGAACUAGGAGGAAACGUACAUUGUUUUAAAGUUUUAAAUGGUAAUUGAUUACAUACAUACAUUCAGGGCUUGAAAUUUGCCAAAAUAUAUGGUGGCCCAAAAAAUAAUAAUGGAUGUUGGCAAAUUAUGGUAAGAGAACCACAAGCAAGAUUUUAAUGUGGAAUACAAAUAUUAAUAGUGUCUCAUAUGUUAUAACUCUAAAUUAGAUCGCGCACAUAAUAUUAUUUGGGCGACUAACUUCAUUAUUUUUUUAAUAUUUAAGUAGUCCAAACGGGACAUUGGUUGCUAUUUGGCGACCUGGCCACAGGCCGUUUCAAGCCCUGACAUUUAAAGUCUCAGACGCUAGUUUUCAAUCAAGAAAAUCUAUAGACACCAGUUGUGGUUAAUCUACAAACUUGUAACGCAUCUCGAUAAAGUGGUAAUAGAUUGAAGCAACUGUCUCUCAACUUGAAAGGGUGGGAGGUGGGGAAUGCUCUGGGAAAAUAUACUAGAGCUCGCCUCAUAACCAUUACUUCUCAGAGCUAAGUGCGUUUUUUCGAAUUAUAAAAAUUCUGUUUCAUUAUGAUGAGUAGGAUGAUGACAGAGACUUAGGAUGUACGGAAGUGGAUAUUCUAAACCACAGAAGAUAAGAAAUGUCCCGUUCCCAGUGCCGGAUUUACAAGGUGGUAAAGGGGCCAAUUGCCCCGGGCCCCCCUGCCAGAGGGGCCCCCCAGACUAAGGACUUCCGUUAUAAAAAAAAAAGAAGUAAUAAUUAUAAAAUUAGUUCAUUUCUUUUAUUUGUCAUGUAAUUUAAUUUCUAUGUUGAGGGCCCCCGAACCAGAAGUGCCCCGGCACCCCCCUCCUCCCCCAAGGUCUAAAUAUGGCCCUGCCGAUUUCAGUUGACACACAAGGCCUACGUACUGGGAGAAAACUGCUGUAGCUAUACUGAGUCAUAAAUAAUUCAAUGAGGGUUCUUACGCCUCCUGGAAAUCCUGGAAUGUCCUUGAGUUGUGUGAAAUUAUUAUCCACACCUGGAAUGUCCUGGAAAAAGCAUAAUUUGUUUAUAGUGUCCUGAAAAUAUCCUGGAAAUUUAGGCCAAUUUUUUCGUUUGCAUCUUUACUUUUGUUGUCCUCAUAAGCUGUCUAAAUUCAUUGAUUGAACAUACUUGGUCACUGGUGGAGUCGGAGGCUAGGUCUGAGGUGGAUGUGCCUCCGUGGAUAUAGGUACGUUAAUAGAGUUCCCAGUUCCCAAUUCCCAGUUCUUGAAAAGCCCUGGAAAUGUCCUUGAAGUUUAUGUUUAUUAAAGUGUAAGAACCCUGUCAAUAUGUAUUUGACUGAUAUUUUCUUGCAGAAAGGACAUUAGGGCCUCUACGAGUCGAAAAUAUUGGACUUGAGUACACUAACACUAGAAGACAAUGAGACUUAGGAAUAAAGUAAAAUAGCAUUAUAUGCAUCUUAAUUCUAGCGCUGAAUAUGGAUGUCAAAUCAUGCCAUUGUAUUGUAUUCCACACAUUCGACUUUGUUUUCUACCCAUGUGUCAUAGCCCUGUAAUGUAACCAGUGGCAAGCGUGUGGCAACAUGGCGUUAAAAAUAUAUAAUUAAAUGAGAGUUCUCUACUUGCCCGGGUACUAGAGUCCUGUGAACGGACUCAAGUUUUGCUAGACGCGGGCCAUGCCUUGGUAGACUCGUGGAGAUCCUGAAGGCCAUAUUAUAUCUGAACAUAAGAGAACCUCAAUAAACCGGAUACCUCUUAAAACCGGACUUUUUACUUUGUCCCUAGGGUGUCUGGUUUAGACAAGUUUCACUGAAUUAAGCUUGUGACAAAUGAGAUAUUGGUAAGAGCUGUAACUAAAUAUUGUGUUUCAUUUUGUUUUCUUCUGUUUAGGGGGCUGUGUUAAAAAUUAUCCACCAAGUGAUUUCAGCAAGGAAAAUUUUCCUUUAUAAUUGAAAUGAAUGAAUUUGGCACCAAAUGUCCGUAGAUUUUUCGGUCAAUGAAUAUGACAGCAAAAUGUCCAUGAACUGGCUACCAGAAGUGUGAAAUGGACACUAUACAAUCCCUAAUUUGAAACUAAAAGCUCCGAUUAUUUUAUGUUAUAUAAUUAUUAACAAGUUGAGGCCUUCUUAGUACAUAAAUGUAGUAAUUUAAAAUCGUUUGAUGUAAUGAAAGACUGCGUAAUAAAUAUAAUUUUUUGUUUUA